CCUCGGGCUUGGCGGGCGAGAGGAGCAGCGGGGCCCGGCCGGGGGAGAGGGGAGGGCCGGGCAGGGCAGGGCACGGCCGGGGGAGGAGGGCCGGGCCGGGCAGGGCAGGGCCGGGUAGGCGGCUCCCUCUCCCGGCGGCGGUUUCAAGCGGCGGCUCUGAGGCAGGGCUAAGAUGGCGGCGCGCGGGGCAGGAUGAGCGGCGGCCGGCAGCAAACUCUGCUCCAGGUGUGGCGGGCGCCCGGCGGCCGAGCCCAGCUCGGGAACGCGGGCAGCGACAGCGAUGACGAGCUGCUGCUGGCAGCCGCGGCCGCCGCCGACCCCUGCCCGGUGCGGGGCUUCAGCGAGGCGGCGGGCGCCAUCUGGAUCUACCCCACCAACCUGCCCGUGCGCCCGUACCAGGAGCGCAUGGCCGGCGCCGCGCUGCUGGCCAACACCCUGGUGUGCCUGCCCACGGGGCUGGGCAAGACUUUCGUGGCCGCCGUGGUCAUGUACAACUUCUACCGCUGGUUCCCCUCGGGGAAGGUGCUGUUCCUCGCCCCCACCAAGCCGCUGGUGGCUCAGCAGAUGGAGGCGUGCGGCCGCGUCAUGGGCAUCCCGUCCCGGGACAUGGCGGAGAUGACAGGAGGAACCCAGGCUCUGGACCGCCGGGAGCUCUGGAAUUCCAAGAGGGUGUUUUUCCUCACACCUCAGAUCAUGGUCAAUGACCUCUCUCGUGGGACCUGUCCUGCUCUGGACAUCAAAUGUCUGGUUAUUGAUGAAGCCCACAAAGCCCUUGGCAAUCAUGCCUACUGCCAGGUUGUGAGGGAACUGAGCAAAUACACAACUCAAUUCCGGGUCCUGGCCCUGAGUGCCACCCCAGGCAGUGACACCAAGGCUGUGCAACAAGUUAUCUCCAACUUGCUGAUUGCUCAGAUAGAGAUGUGUGCUGAAGAUUCUCCAGAGGUCCAGCCUUAUUCUCAUGAGAGACAAGUGGAAAAAAUUGUUGUUCCACUUGGGGAAGAGCUGGAAGAAAUGCAGAACACUUACAUCAAGGUGCUGGAAGCGUUUGCUGGGCGCCUGAUUAAGGUGGGAGUUUUAUCCAGGAGGGAUAUUCCCAGCCUGACCAAGUACCAGCUCAUCCUGGCAAGGGAUCAGUACAGGAAGAACCCCUCUGCACAACAUGCAGGGAUCCACCAAGGCAUCAUAGAAGGAGACUUUGCCCUGUGCAUCAGCCUGUACCACGGGUACGAGCUGCUGCUGCAGGUGGGGACCCGCUCCCUGUUCAUCUACCUGUGGGGAAUCAUGGAUGGGUCCAAAGGCUUGUCCCGCACCAAGAACGAGCUGGGGCGCAACGAGGACUUCAUGAAGCUCUACCUGCAGCUGCAGGACAUCUUCUCAGACACUGCCCUGGCUCCUGACUCUGGGGGUGUUUGCAGCAGCACAGCAGAAUCGGGAAAGAAAAAGGAAUUUGUCUACAGCCAUCCAAAAUUAAAGAAACUGGAGGAAAUCAUAGUAGAACACUUCAAGUCUUGGAAACAGAGAUGUUCUGCAGGUGAAGAGAAGAGCGGCAGCUCAGCUGAGGACACGAGGGUGAUGAUCUUCUCCUCGUUCCGGGACAGCGUGCAGGAGAUCGCCGAGCUGCUGGCGCGGCUGCGGCCGGCCGUGCGCGCCAUGAGCUUCGUGGGACACGCCUCGGGGCGGGGCAGCCGGGGCUACAGCCCCCGGGAGCAGCUGGAGGUGGUGCGGCGGUUCCGGGAGGGCGGCUACAACACGCUGGUGUCCACGUGCGUGGGCGAGGAGGGGCUGGACAUCGGCGAGGUGGAUCUGAUCGUGUGCCUGGACGCGCAGCGCAGCCCCGUGCGCCUGCUGCAGCGCAUGGGCCGCACCGGGCGGCGGCGCCGCGGCCGCGUCGUGCUGAUCCUGGCCCGGGGCCGCGAGGAGAGGACCUACAACCAGAGCCAGUGUAACAAAAGGAGCAUCAACAAAGCCAUUUCAGGGAACAAAACCCUUCGUUUCUACCAGCACAGCCCACGGAUGGUUCCAGAAGGCAUCAACCCCCAAGUGCACAAAAUGUUCAUCACUGCUGAGAAGGAGGAGCCCAGGAUGCUUUCCAGAGGGAGGAGGUGCAGCUCCCUGCAGCACAGAUCUGCUCUCUGUGUCCCUGGCCAAAAACAAAUUAAGUCCCAUGAGAGCUGGUCCUUGUCACCUGAGGAGUUUGAAAUAUGGGACAGACUCUACAGGAUUAAGGAAAGUGAUGGGAUAAAGGAGCCAGUAUUGCCUCGAGCUCAGUUUGAAACCUUAGAGAACCUGGAAGAAACUCCACUCGGCCUGCAGGGGCCCGAGGGGGGGGCCCGGGAGCUCUCCCUGUGUGAGUGGAGCCUGUGGCAGAACCAGCCCCUGCCCACCUGCCUGGUGGAGCACUCGGAUCGUUGUCACCUCUUCAUCGGGGCCAUGCAAAUGAUGGAGCUCAUGAGGCACCAGCAGGGAGACUGCAGCUAUGGGCAGGAGCUCCAGCCUCACCUACGGAUGGAAGAUGUGAACAUUCCAAGGAGCAGAAGGCAUCCCUCCACCUCCAGCCCCCCCGGGAAGCAGAGGAUGGAAGAUGUGAACAUUCCAGGGAGCAGAAGGCAUCCCUGCACCUCCAGCCCCCCCGGGAAGCAGAGGAUGGAAGAUGUGAACAUUGCAGGGAGCAGAAGGCAUCCCUCCACCUCCAGCCCCCCCGGGAAGCAGAGAGCUCGCUGCUCCAGGAGAGACCUGGCAAAAUCCAAGGCACAGCCAUUCCCACCUGAUUCGGGUGAUAAUGGGAGCGAGUUCUUCAGCACCUUUAAAGUCACCAAAGCCAAGGCUCCCCGGAGGGCCCCUGCCGGGGAGGAGGUGCCUGCGGAGCCCCAGGACCCUCCAGGCUCUCCCUCGGCAGCAAGGCUGGCUGUGCCUGGGCACUCUGACCUGGCCAGUGACAAGGACGAGGGGCUGGAGGUGACAUUUGACUUAAAUGCUUGUAUUGACCUGUGUGACAGCCCUGCCAGCCCAGCAGCACAGGAGGGCAGCCCUGCAGGGCAAUCCUGUGGGAGGAUCCCUGGGGAUUCGGGCUAUGAGACAUCCCCCGUGGCCUCGGGGCUGUUCUAUCUCCCCGAGUCCUGCAGGGAUUCCCUCACACUCCUGGCUCCCCCCCAGGAGCCCCCGGGGCUGCUGCAAAGGUUUUCCCAGGUGCAAAGGCUUCUGUCCCAGUGCCCUCCCUCUGGGGAUGAGCUGCAGGGUUUGGAGAGCAUGAUGAGAGAUGAAGGAACAAGAUCUCCUUCCCCAAAAGUUCUCCCUGAUGGUCACUCAGAGGCACUGCAGGACAGUGUCCCCCCCUCACCCCCAAAACCUGAUCCUUCACUGCUGCCCCUGGAAAACCCCAAAGGGACAGCUCCCAGGGAAUUCUGUGCCUCAAGCAGUCCCUGCUUGUCCAAAAGUGAGUCAUCUACCAAGGCUGCUGCUGUUGGAGAGGAGCAGCUCUGGAGUGACAGCUUUGAUGGCCUGUUUGACAGUGAGGAAUUCCCUGAAAUCCCAAACAAGGCUCCCAGCAUGAGCCACCCCCUGCCAAACAGCCCUUCAAAGGAGCCUUUCCUUCCCAAGAACACAGGAGAGACCCUUGAAGUUCCUGGGGAGGAGCAGAGUCUCCAUUUGUUUGAGGAUGAGGCUGGUGAGGACAGCCCCAGGAGCACCGAGCCUCCAGCCAGGGCAGCUCCAGCUGGGACAGGGAGAGAGGCAGGCAGGGAAUGGCCCUGUGUGAGCCCCAGGCAGCCCUGCAGGGAGCAGCCCUGGGACAGGGAGCAGCCCUGGGACAGGGAACAGCCCCGGGGCAGGGAGCAGCCCUGGGAGAGGGAACAGCCCUGGGAGAGGGAACAGCCCCGGGACAGGGAGCAGCCCUGGGACAGGGAACAGCCCCGGGACAGGGAACAGCCCCGGGACAGGGAACAGCCCUGGGAGAGGGAACAGCCCUGCAGGGAGCAGCCCUGGGACAGGGAACAGCCCCGGGACAGGGAACAGCCCUGCAGGGAACAGCCCCGGGACAGGGAACAGCCCUGGGACAGGGAACAGCCCUGGGACAGGGAACAGCCCUGCAGGGAGCAGCCCUGGGACAGGGAACAGCCCCAGGACAGGGAACAGCCCUGGGACAGGGAACAGCCCUGCAGGGAACAGCCCUGGGGCAGGGAACAGCCCCGGGACAGGGAGCAGCCCUGGGAGAGGGAACAGCCCCGGGACAGGGAGCAGCCCUGCAGGGAGCAGUCCUGGGACAGGGAACAGCCCUGGGACAGGGAACAGCCCCGGGACAGGGAACAGCCCUGCAGGGAGUCCAUGGCAGCACCAGCAGGGGAUGAUCCCUAUGACUGCUCCCAGGAGCUGUUCUCUGUCACCUUCGACCUGGGCUUCUCCAUCGAGGGCAGUGGGGAUGACAGCUCUGAGGAGAGCAGGAGUGCUGAUCACCCCACCCUGAACGGGGCCCCAGGGGCUGAGUCCACUGAGGAUGCAAAGGUGUCCCUGGGUGAUGGCUCCAGGCUGGAAACCUCACCAGGAUGGGACUGGAGCAGGCUGGAGAGAAGGGCCAUGUCCACACCACUGUCACUGCAGAGCAGGGAAGGGACCAAGGGAGCUCCUGCUGCAGGGCCUGUCCUCAAUUCAGGGGGCAGCAGAAUGGGAAGGAACCCCCCUGAACCUUUGCCUUCAGCACCUCUGACCCCAACAGGCAGCAAGGGUGUGAGCAUCAAAGCUGUCAAAAGAAUUCCUAUGAAAGUCUUCUCCAACACCAGGGAGCAAAUUCCAGAGGUGCCUCCUGGAGGUGAAGUCAGAGCAAGCCCUUGGGGGCAGAACUUUGGGAGAUCAGCCAUGGAUUCCCCUUCAGGAGGGACAAAAGGCCUGGAAGACACCAAACCCCAGGGGUCUCCUGCUGCAGGACCCAGCAGUGACAGCGAGGAAGAGAUCGUUUUCCAGAGAAAAAAGAGGAUAAAAAAGAAUGUUUUGAAGUCUCCUGAUGGGAUGGACGAGAGCGACCUGGAGCGCCCAGCCCGGCCCCGCAGGAAACGGCCCCUGAGCCUGUCAGACUCCUCCAGUGAGGCCAGUGGGGAUUUCCAGGGGGGCAGGAGCAGCUCCAGGCCCAGGCCCCAGGCAGGAGGGGCCAAGCGGCAGCGGCUCAGGGACACGGGCACAGCCAAGGCUGCAGGCAGGCAGUUCCUGGAGGAGGAGGCUGAGCUGUCCCAGCUGGAUGCCCAGGGGAUCUCGUCGGACGAGAGCGACUCCGGGGAGGAGCCCAGCCCCUCCCUGGCCCAGUUCCUGGAUGAUGAGGGGGAGCCCACACAGGCCCUCAAUGACUCUGAGAUGAGGGCAGUGUACCUGAGCUCGGUGCUCAGCCCCGCCCUGGGCAGCAGCUACAGGAUGGUCCAGCGGCACUUCAACCCCUCAGACAUUUUCUCCCAGAUUCCUGAACAAGACUCAUCUUACGCUGAGGACAGUUUCUGUGUGGGGGAUGAGGAGGAGGAGGAGGCCCCGGGUGGCUGCAGUGAGGAGGAGCUGUGUGUGAGCUUUGCUCUGCUCCCCGAGGGCAGCAGGGGCCGGUACCUGACCCGGCUCAGGAGGAGGCUGCAGCAGGCAGGGGGCGGCCCUGCCCCGGGGCACAGGAGGAAACCAUCCCGGAUUAUCGUGCCCAGCGACUCCAGCGAGGAGGAGACAGCAGGCAGCAGGGAGAAGGGCCUGGCAGCAGGGCAGGGCAGGGGGCAGCUGCCCUCAGCCCCCCCUGCACAGCACAGGGCUGGGGCAGGCACAGCUCCUCAGCACACACACGGGCUGGGCCUGGAAACUUCCCAGCCUGGGCUGCUGGAUCUGCCCCAGGAGCAUCCAGGCAGGAGCACACCCAUCCCAGCUGGCCCUGGCUGCAGGAGCAGGGCUCUGCAGGCUGCUGCUGAGGUGUGCAGCUCUUCGAAGACCCAGGGGAGCAGCUCAGGCUCGGCGUGUCCUGCUGUCCCAAACCCUUCCUCAGCCCCAGCUGGGAUUUCCCGAGUUCCUGGAGAGCAGAGCUGUUCCCUGGCUGGGAUUUCCCGGGUUCCCGAGGAUCACAGCCCCUCCCUGGCUGGGAUUUCCCGGGUUCCCGAGGAUCACAGCCCCUCCCUGGCUGGGAUUUCCCGGGAUCCCGAGGAUCACAGCCCCUCCCUGGCUGGGAUUUCCCGGGUUCCAGGGGAUCACAGCCCCUCCCUGGCUGGGAUUUCCCGGGUUCCCGAGGAUCACAGCCCCUCCCUGGCUGGGAUAUCCCGGGUUUCCGAGGAUCACAGCCCCUCCCUGGCUGGGAUUUCCCGGGUUCCCGAGGAUCACAGCCCCUCCCUGGCUGGGAUUUCCCGGGUUCCAGGGGAUCACAGCCCCUCCCUGGCUGGGAUUUCCCGGGAUCCCGAGGAUCACAGCCCCUCCCUGGCUGGGAUUUCCCGGGUUCCCGAGGAUCACAGCCCCUCCCUGGCUGGAAUAUCCCGGGUUCCAGGGGAUCCCAGCCCCUCCCUGUGCAUCCUGGCCGACAGCCGGGAGAUCAGCUCGGGCCCGGAGGUGAUCUCCAGCCUGCGGGCCGUGCACGGGCUCCGGGUGCAGAUUUGCUCCCUGGGCAGCAGCGAUUACAUCGUCAGCAACCGGCUGGCCGUGGACAGGCUGCUGCAGUCCGAGCUGCAGAGCCCCGGCAGCAGGAGCAGGCUCGGGCAGAGGCUGCAGCGCCUGCAGGGCACCUUCCAGAGGGUCUGUGUCAUCGUGGAGACCGACAGGGUCAGGCCAGGAGACACAUCCCGCUGUGUCCAGAGGACUCAGUACUAUGAUGGGGUGCUCUCAGCCUUGGUCCAGGCUGGGAUAAAGAUCCUCUUCAGCUCCUGCCAGCAGGAAAGUGCAGCUCUGCUGAAGGAGCUGGCCCUGCUGGAGCACAGGGAGGACGCUGCCAUCCAGGUGCCCACGGAGCCGGAGGGGCACGGCCGGGAGCUCCUCAGCUUCUACCUGAGCAUUCCCAACCUCAGCUACGCAGCUGCCCUCAACCUGUGCCACUCCUUCAGCUCCAUCACAGCUGUGGCCAACAGCUCGCUGCCGUCGCUGGCGGCGGGGGCGCGGCUCAGCCGGCCCCAGGCCGAGGAGCUCCGGCGGUUCCUGCGGCACCACUUCGACCUCCAGCUGCUGCCUCAGGCCGCGCCCGCCAAGGGCAAGAGCUGAGCUCGGCACUGCGGGGCCUGCACUGCACUUUACCCGCUCGGGAUUGGAUGUAAAUUAUGGAAAUAAACAUUUGUACAUAUAACUAUGUCAAACCUCGGGCCGCGGGAGCUGCGCAGGGUCCCCGGGCCGGGGGAUCCUCCCGAAUUCCUGUAAAGGCACAAUAAUGGCUCGAGUAGCGCGGCGGAGCUUUGGGGAGCGAUGGCAGCACUGACCGCAGCACUGACCGCAGCACUGACCGCCCCGUGUCUGCAGGCUCAAGGGCACGGCCGGGUGUUCAUGUUCCCGGACAGGGAGGGGGUCCCGGGGGUCCCGGGCAGCGCCUCCCCCGCUCCUCGGUGCCUCUGCCCGGCUCAGGGCCCGGAGCUUUCCCAGCCUCUGCUGCCCCCGGCUGGAAAAGGAUCGGGAUCGGCAUCGGGAUCGGCAUUCCCGCCCCUUCGGCAGCAGCGCUGCCCGGGGAGAGGCUGGACAGGGAGAGAUCCUGGGACAGGGAGAGAUCAGUCCUGGGACAGGGGCUGGGACAGGGAGGAAUCAAUCCUGGAACAGGAGCUGUCCUGGGCAGCUGGGGGCAGCUGCUCCACGGCUGGAACCCUCUGGAGCCAGGUGGGAGAGCUGGGAAUGUUCCACUGGAGAGAAGGAUCCAGGGAGAGCUCAGAGCCCCUGGCAGGGCCUGGAGGGAUCCAGGAGAGCUGGAGAGAGACUGGGGACAAGGGAUGGAGGGACAGGACACAGGGAAUGGGACACUGCCAGGGGCAGGGAUGGAUGGGAUAUUGGGAAUUGGGAAUUCCUGGCUGGGCUGGGAUUGCCAGAGCAGCUGUGGCUGCCCCUGGAUCCCUGGCAGUGCCCAAGGCCAGGCUGGACAUUGGGGUUGGAGCAGCUGGGACAGGGUGGCAGGGGUGGCUCUGGGGGGGGGAUUUAAGGUCCCUUCCCACCCAAACCAUUCUGGGAUUCCAAACCAAGAGGAUGAAGCCUUGCAGGCACCAUUCCAAGCUGGACAGCUCCUGGAUUCUGCAACCCCACCACAGGUCUGAGUAAUCAUUGAG